AUGGCAGCAACCCAAAUCCCGGAGGAACGAACCGUUCCAGACAUGACAUUCCAACUUCGCGGCCUGCAGGUCAGCGAGCUGCCGAGCACGGCAUCGAAUGGACUCUCCAUAUCUCGGCCUCACAGGUGCAACCCUGGUACCGGUCGAUUGGCCGCGUCCACGAUUUCGUUUCUCAGUUUGCCAUUCGAGAUUCGGCGAAGCAUUUUCCAAUAUGUCUUCCAAGCUCCAGAGGCGGCAGAGUUCCCACCACCAAAGCCGACCAAGACGGCGACUUCACGCCGGGAUUAUGUGUCUCCUCUGCUGAUCUGUCGUCAAGUUCAUGGGGAAAUGCACCUCCUUCCGUUCCAGAUCAACAAAGUGAAAUGUCCGUCCGUAUUUGGUUCCAACAUCACAGCCACGAAACAAUUCCUGUCCAGCUUGCGAGAGGUCCAACGAGGUGCGAUCAGACAAAUUGAUUUGAGUUUGCUUGCCAGCGUGACCGAGAUAUGGGAGGUCAGAUCCUUGCUGAGGCUGAUGGCUGGAAUGGACGAGACAGAUCGCCGCCAGAAUACUGCUCGUCAAGACACGGAAACCCGCCCCUCGAGAGAUGCCAGCAGCGGAUCGCGAUUCGACUUGCGAUCUCUGACAAUCCACAUUGGGACGCGAGAUCUGUACUUGCAACAAGCAGACUCGCUAGCCGGACUGAUGCAUUUUCUAGCGUGUGGGCCUCCCUAUCCAGUGUCCUUCGCUUCCACGUCUUGGGUGACUGAGGGUCUGGUGCACGUAAGAGCUCUCAGAAGGCUGACGAUAAUCGUGGAGGCAAGUGGUGAUGUAGCGCACCAGGUCUCGUCGACCGAAAGAGACCAAUUCCAGCAAACCCUUGCCAAACAACUGCCUGGGGAUGUUACAGUCAACGUUGCCUGGAGGAUAAAAAAUCCUAUCUGGAUCAUAGACGACAGCGAGUGGGCGGACUUCUCAUGGCCACAAGAUCCAAGUUACAUGCAGGCUGAAAGGGCAGUAGAGCUUCAAGGAUCAACACCAGGGGACCUAAGCGUCGGGUUCUCUUAUAGUACUCGGACCCCGAUAUGA